AUGUUCUCCGCCCUUAGACUGACGGCCCAGAUGGCGAGGCCAUGGUCGGCCUCCAUUCAACUGCACAGGGCAGCCGCACCUGGUCUCGCUCGCACCGUUCUUCCCUUCGCUUUCUCUCGUGCUUUCCAUCCGACGCUUCCCCCUGCUGCCACUCUGAACCAGGCCACACGCCGAAAGCCCAAGAAGCGGGUUAAACAAUCCAAGUCACCGCUCCUGGAGGGCAACACGCACAAGAAGGGCGUUGUCAGCCAGGUUGUCAUUGCAAAGCCGAAGAAGCCCAACUCAGCCAAGCGGAAGGUCGCGAAGGUGAAGCUCUCCACGGGCAAGACCGUGCAGGCCUACGUCCCAGGAGAGGGCCACAACCUGCAGGACCACAGUGUGGUCCUUAUCCGCGGUGGACGUACGCAGGAUCUUCCUGGUGUCCGCUACAAGGUCGUUCGUGGGACGCUUGACUUCAGCGGUGUUGUAGGCAGGGUGACUGCGCGGAGCAAGUAUGGAGGUGUGUCAGGAGUCGCUUUGAAUCGUGGUACUUCGCUAAGGGGUCCCUUCGUAUUCGCAGCAAAACGACCAAAGCAGCAAUGA